GCAUCGAGCUGUCUUAAUUAGGAAACCUAUUCGUUCGACGAUAAUCCUUUGCCUCAGCUCUUUUACGCCGCAUGGGACGACGUUUUUGACGUCGCUGAUCGGGAUUGACUAUGACCGAUGGUCUAGCAUAUAUAUUUACAGUUCGAUGUCUAAGCUGGAAUUCCACAUCUCAUAGUUAUUCUUCUUCUUAAACACGGCUAUCCCUUGGGUCAUUGAUAAAAUCGGAGACAAUCAUGACCGAACCGGUGCCAGGACCCAAAGGUCUCCCCUUUGUGGGAAACAUGUUCGAUCUAGUAGAUGAAGAAGCACCACUUCGCGCGCUAGAACACCUGGCCGAGCUGUACGGUCCAAUCUACAAGCUGCAGAGAAAAGGCACCAGGGUACUAGUUGUCAGCUCGAUCGCCAUGGCAGAAGAAUUAUUCGACGAGACCAGAUUUCGGAAAAUGCCACCAUCUGCUCUGGCAAAGGAUUCAGAGAAACCUGCAGGUCUGUUCACGGCCGCAAGUGAUGAUCCUGACUGGGGAGAAGCACAUCGGAUACUUGUUCCAGCAUUUGGGUCAAUGGCUAUUGAAGCCAUGUAUCCUGAAAUGCAAGAUAUUGGAAAUCAAUUAGUUCUAAAAUGGGCGCGAAUGGGGCCAAACACCCCAAUUUCAGUCACAGAUGAUUUUACUCGUCUUACAUUAGACACAAUAGCACUCUGUGCCAUGGACUUCAGGUUCAACUCGUUCUAUACAGAGCAGAUGCACCCGUUUGUCAACGCGAUGGUAGGAAUGCUGACAGAGUCGGGCAAUCGUAUGGCAAGACCUGCAAUUGUGACUAGCAUGAUGAGGAAGACGAAUGCGAAGUUUAACGAAGAUCAAGAAUACAUGUUCAAUAUCUCACAGGAGCUUGUCCGUCAUCGAAGAGAAAAUCCAACUAAGAAGAGGGAUCUAUUGAAUGCUAUGAUCAAUGGCACGGAUCCAAAUUCCGGGAGCACGAUGAGGGAUGAUUUGAUCAUUGCGAAUAUCAUUACGUUCCUGAUUGCUGGCCAUGAAACAACAUCAGGACUCCUCUCCUUCGCCUUCCUCAACAUGCUCCAAAAUCCACAAGCAUACUACGCAGCUCAGCGAGAAGUCGACGAAGUAAUUGGUCGAGAUCCCGUAACUGUCGAUAAACUAAGCAAGCUUGAGUACCUCAAUGGUGUCCUCCGUGAAACACUUCGUCUCACACCCACAGCUCCAAUAAUCUCUAAGCAGUUGGUCGCCGGAUGUACCGGUUCAAGAGCAACAUUGGGGAAUGGCAAAUAUGCUGUUGAGCCAACUGACAAGCUUAUGGUCCUCAUCGGGGCUAUGCAACGAGAUCCGAGUGUCUAUGGUGAAGAUGCCAAUGAGUUUCGACCGGAGAGGAUGAUGGGCGAGAGUUUCAAGAAUCUACCAAGCGCAGCUUGGAAGCCAUUUGGAAAUGGAGUGCGAGCAUGUAUCGGGCGAGCUUUUGCAUGGCAGGAAGCAUUGAUGGUAACAGCGAUGCUCCUACAGAACUUCGACUUCCAACUCGAUGAUCCUUCUUACAAGCUCCGCAUCAAGCAGACACUGACGAUAAAACCUGCCAAUCUGAAAAUGCGCGCUACUAUUCGACACAAAAUGGAAGCAGUCGAUUUGGAGCGCUCUCUUCGAGGAGUUUUGAGCAUGAGUCCACGGCCUUCGACCAGUACCCAUAGAUCGACAACACCAACAUGUCCAGGAGGAGAGAAGCCAAUGACGGUAUUAUAUGGGUCUAAUACCGGCACUUGUACCGAUUUUGCUCAACGACUGGCUAGCAAUGCUGCAUCCCAUGGUUUCAAAGCUACGGUCAUGGAAAUGGAUGCUGGUGUUUGCCAUAUCCCUAAAUCUCAACCUGUGAUUGUCAUCACGGCUUCGUAUGAAGGUCAACCACCAGAUAAUGCCAAGAAGUUCAUCAGCUGGCUUGAGCAUGCGCCAUCUGAUUCCUUGAACGGUGUCCAAUAUGCUGUGUUUGGUUGUGGGCAUCGCGACUGGACAUCAACAUUCCAACGAAUUCCAACUUUAGUUGACACUUGUAUGGAGAAAUGUGGAGCUCAGAGACUCGUUCAAAGAGGCGUUUCAGAUGCAUCACAGGGCAACAUGGCGACAGACUUCGACGAGUGGAUGGAUCAGCAUCUAUGGCCGGCCCUAGGCUCAACUGGCCUUGUUAGUACUUCCGAUACAAAGACCACAGCAGACGCAGACUUCGACAUAUCCACUCAGUCAGGAAUUACCAGCUUCAGACAAGACGUACAAAACGCCACCGUCCUCGAAGCCAGGGUUUUGACAGCGCCAGGCGAGCCCCAGAAACGACAUUUGGAAGUCGAACUCCCUGAAAAUAUGAAUUACGAGUGUGGAGAUUAUCUCGCUGUUCUGCCCGUCAAUUCUGAAGAGAAUGUUCGUCGAGUCAUGUCGCGUUUCAUACUCCCUUGGGAUUCAACAAUUGUUAUCAAGGGCCACAACUUCGGAUUUCUGCCUCCGAAUACGCCAUUGUCGAUUCGAGAUAUUCUCGCCGGACAUGUUGAGCUUUUCGAGCCAGCUAGUAAACAAAUUCUCCAAGUCUGCGCCAGCUCCACCCCAGACGCAGAGCUAAAAUCCCAGCUCCGAACCCUAAUCUCCGACCCCUCAACCUACACAACCGAAGUCCUCACAAAACGCCUCUCCCUGCUCUCCCUCCUCGAACAAAACCCCUCAAUAACUCUCUCCUUCCCCGCUUACCUCCAAUCCCUCACCCCCCUCAAAGUCCGUUACUACAGCAUCUCCUCUUCCCCUCUCUCCUCGCCCCAAAAAUGCACCCUAACAUACAACAUCCUCUCCUCGCCGUCCCUCUCCUCCCCAACUACAGUCUACAACGGCGUCACAGGGACUUAUCUCUCUACCCUACGUCCUGGAGAUCAAAUCAAAGUGUCCGUCCGGCCGUCGACGAAAGCUUUGUUUCAUCUCCCGCUGAAUGUGGCGGAGACGCCACUCUUGAUGUUUUGCGCUGGCACGGGGUUAGCGCCUUUUAGGGGGUUCGUGCAGCAGCGGGCUAUGAUGGCGCCGAGUCGGAAGUUGGCGAAGGCUGUGUUGUUCGUGGGGUGUCGGUCCGAGGAGAAGGAUCGGUUGUAUAAAGAGGAGUUUGAUGAGUGGAUGAAACAGGGAGUGGUGGAUGUUAGGUAUGCGUUUAGUAGGGAGGAAGAGAAGAGUGAGGGGUGUAGGUAUGUGCAGGAUCGGAUGGUGAGGGAUCGAGAUGUGUUGGUGGGGUUGUGGGACGCGGGGGCGAGGGUUUAUGUUUGUGGGGGGAGGGAGUUUGUUAAGGGGGUUGGGGAGGCGGCUAGGGGGAUUGUGAGGGAGGAGUUGGGGGCGAGGGGGGUGUCGGUCAGUGGGGAGGAGCUGAAGAGGACGUUUAGAGAGAAGAUUGCUGAUAGGUGUGCUACGGAUGUUUUUGGAUAG